AAAACACAGCACAGAUGACCUUAGUGCGGACAACGUGCCUGUGUCAGAUUUGCAUAUCAUCGAAAAAUCUCAACAUUGAAAUGUAAAUCCAAUGUGGCAGCAAAUAUUUGCCAGAAAUUUACAUUAAGCGCCAAUAUUUUGUAUAAAAACUAGAAAUUGUUUAGCAUUUGUUAUCAGUUCAAUACGUUCUGCAAACAAUUAAACAACACCAACCUCCUCAAAACUUCAAAAUGUUCAAAUUCUUCGCUUUGUGCUUGAUGGCUAUCUUUGCCUUGGCCGCUGCUAAGCCCGGCAUUGUUGCUCCUUUGGCCUACAGUGCUCCCUAUGUGGCUGCCGCUCCCUACACUGCCGCCUACACUGCUGCCUACACUGCUCCCUAUGCUGCUUCGUAUGUUGCUGCCUCUCCCUAUGUAGCUGCUCCCUAUGCUAGCGCCUACACUUAUCCUUAUGCCGCUUCUUACUUCUUGCGUAAAUAGACCGGUUGAAUGAGGUUGAAGGCAGGGAAAUGUUUUUGUUUUGUUGAAAAAUAUUUUUGUUAAUUAGUGAAAAUUAAAA